GUCCUUGGCACAUUAUCUUUCCUAAUCAUGCCAGAUACGUGGUAGUCUUCUCCUAUAUAAAUUUACUGUGACUUUCCCUGGAUGUAUAUGCCUGUAAGGACUCUAACUCAUCACAAUGAUCCAGUAUCAGCUAGAUGAACUAAUAUGUUCAUGCAGCCAUCAACAAUGCAUUAUCACCUGGAAAAUGAAGUUCUCAGCCUCAUGAAUGCUCUUCUGGGCACCUUCAUCAUUUUGGCGAACUUUGUGACUUUAUGCAAUGCUCAGUGCUAUGUUAUACCUAAUACAAACAACCCAGGUGAUUUAUUUAAUGAAUGCAAGGACCUCAGUGGAGUCACUCACCCACUGAACUCAAAGUGGAAGACUAAGGACUGUGUGGAGUGUUCUUGUGGCCAAGAUGGAAUUAACUGCUGCAACAUUGUUGCCGUACCUGCAAGUUAUGACACAAGCAAGUGCCGGAAAAUCUUCAACAAGGACACCUGCAGUUUUACAGUGGUGGAACGGAAGAAUCCAGGAAAAACUUGUUUUGUUGGUGGAUGGGUGAUGUAAUGUACUUCUAGUGGGCCCAGGGCUCCCACCAGAAGGGGCCCAGGACCUGCCAGGCCAGACCUCAUUCUCAUGUGGCCUCUAUGAGCCUAUAAUUGUGUAAUCUUAUCUACCAGUAAAAAAAUAAAAUACAAAUAAAAAAAAUUGAGCAGACACUUGAA